CUCAGCGGAGACCGGGAACCUGCGGCGGUGUGGUGGCCGAGAGCCGCGCGGCCUCAACAUGGGCGAGCAUGGCCUGGAGCUGGCGUCCAUGAUUCCCGCCCUGCGGGAGCUGGGCAGUGCCACUCCAGAGGAGUAUAAUACAGUGGUGCAGAAGCCAAGACAAAUCCUUUGUCAAUUCAUCGACCGAAUACUUACAGAUGUAAAUGUUGUUGCCCUAGAACUCAUAAAGAAGACAGACUCUCAGCCCACCUCUGUGAUGCUGCUUGAUUUCAUCCAGCAUAUCAUGAAGUCCUCCCCGCUUAUGUUUGUCAAUGUGGAUGGAGGCCAGGACCAAAGCGAGGCCAAAGGCAGCUGUGUUGAAUUCAGUAACUGGAUCAUCACAAGACUUUUACGGAUUACAGCAGCUCCAUCCUGUCACGUCUUACACAAGAAAAUUAGUGAAGUUAUCUGCUCGCUCUUAUUUCUUUUUAAAAGCAAGAAUCCUACAAUUUUCGGGGUCCUCACAAAGGAAUUAUUACUUGUUUUCGAAGAUUUUAUUCACCUCCACCAAAGAAAUGCGGCUGGAGAUAUAAAAGAGUGGCCAGUGGUCAUCUAUAGAUUUUUUAGCCAGUUAGAUGAACACAUGGGUUAUUUACAAGCAGCUCCGUUGCAGCUCAUGAGCAUGCAAAAUUUAGAAUUUAUUGAAGUCACUUUAUUAAUGGUUCUCAUUCGCAUUGUUGCAAAUGUGUUUUUUAGACGGCAAGAACUCUUACUUUGGCGCAUAGGGUGUGUUCUCCUGGAGUACGGUAGUCCAAAAGUGAAGUCCUUAGCAAUCACCCUUUUAACUGAACUCUUUGAGCUCGGAGGACUACCUAUCCAGCCAGCCAGCAUGUUUUUUAAGUCACUUUUGGAAUUAUUAAAAGACCUUGCAGAAAUGGCCACUGACCAAUUGCAACUGUACGAAGAGCCGCUGUCAAAGCUGAUCAAAACACUAUUCCCCUUUGAAGCAGACGCGUAUGGAAAUAUUGAGCCAGUCUAUUUAAAUAUGCUGCUGGAGAAACUCUGCAUCAUGUUUGAGAGUGGCGUGCUUAUGCGGCUCAAGUCUGAUCUGCUAAAGGGGGCCCUGUGUCAUUUACUGCAGUAUUUCCUGACCUUUGUGCCUGCUGGGUAUGAAUCGGCUCUCCAAGUCAGGAAGGCCUAUGUGAGGAACAUCUGCAGAGCUCUUGUGGACAUUCUCGGGGCUCAAGUAGAUGAAGAGUACUUGUUGGGUCCACUUUAUGCUGCCCUGAAAAUGGAGAGUGUGGAGGCGAGUCCAUGCUGGACUAAACAGGAAGAUGGCAGCAGCACCAGUGAUGAGAUCUCUCCCAAAAGGCGCAGGCACAGUUCCUCCAUCUCGUCCCAAAGAGAAUCAGAGCAAUCCAAAGACCUGGAUCACAUGGAUAUGAGUGAAAAAAGCCUGCUCUGGAGUACACUGAAACACAAAGCUGAGGCUCUUCAGGCUUCCCUUGAAUGUAAUCUUGCAAAGAAUCACAUAACCGAGACUUUAGAAGGACUCACUGUUGUCUUACAGCUGGCUGCUCUGUGCACUGUGCACCGUUCAUCAGAAUACAUGGAGUGCCAUGACUUCAACUGCCAAGACGGAAGCAAGAAGAAUUCUCCAAUGGCCAUGACUUGGAUGCCUUUGGAUUUUUACUCGAAAGUGCUAAAGAGCUCUAGGAGUUUGUUAGAAUCUGUUCAGAAGUCUGAAUUGGAGGUGGUCAUUGAUAAAGUGGUGAAAAUUUAUGAUGCUUUGAUUUAUAUACAAAUAAAACGUUCAUUUGAAGAUGAGAUUCUGGAAGAUUUGUGUGGAAUGCUCUCACUCCCGUGGCUUUCUUCCCUCUCUGAUGAUGACCCUUCGAAACUUCCUGCAUUUGCCUCUCCUCUUCUGAGACUAAGCCAGAGGGUUUCAGGCAGCUACUCACUUCCAGCACUGUCACGAUGUGUGUUUCUUUUGACUCUGUUUCCAAGAAGAAUAUUCCUGGAUUGGAGAACAGCGGUUUACAGCUGGGCCCUGCAGAGCUCCCAGGAAGCCAUCCGCGCCAGUUGUGUGAAUGGAUUUUUUAUCUUGUUGCAACAGCCAAGUUCCUGUGACACAGUUCCCCAGAUGCUUUUAGAUAAAGUCAAGGACGAUUCUGACAUGGUGAAGAAAGAAUUUGCUUCCAUACUUGGUCAGCUUGUCUGUACUCUCCAUGGCAUGUUCGAUCUGAGCAAUUCUUUAGUGGAACCUGACAUUGGGCACGGCCCUGUGGGCCUCUUCUGCAAGAAUGUGAAAGCUAUGUCUCAGAUGAAGUGUUCUUCUUUCCAGCUGAAGGCUUCCAUUUGCAAGCCAGUCCUAUUCCUCUUGAAAAAGCAAACACCUAGUCCUGUAAAACUUGCUUUCAUAGACAAUUUGCAUCAUCUUUGUAAGCACCUUGAUUUUCAGGAAGAUGAAACAGAUGUAAAAGUGGUUCUCGGGGCCUUUUUAAACUUAAUGGAGGAUCCAGACAAGAAUGUUCGAGUGGCGUUUAGUGGAAACAUUAAGCACAUACUGGAAUCCCUGAACUCUGAAGAUGGAUUUAUAAAAGAGCUUUUUGUCUUAAGAAUGAAGGACGCAUAUACACACGCCCAAAUCUCACGCAAUAACGAACUGAAGGAUACCUUGAUCCUUACAACAGGCGACAUCGGAAGAGCAGCGAAAGGAGAUCUAGUACCUUUUGCACUCUUACACUUGUUGCACUGUUUGUUAUCUAAGUCAGCAUCGGUCUCUGGAGCAGCAUACACAGAAAUUCGAGCUCUUGUUGCAGCUAAAAGUGUUAAGCUACAAAAUUUUUUCAAUCAGUAUAAGAAGCCCAUCUGUCAGUUCUUGGUGGAGACUCUCCACUCGAGUCAGAUGGCGGCACUCUCCGGUAGUAGCACCCUGUAUCAGACUGCCGAGAUGCGACUGCGAGAUGACGCUCACCACAGAGAAAUGGCCUUAAAUACCUUGUCUGAAAUCGCCAAUGUUUUUGACUUUCCUGACCUGAAUCGUUUUCUUAAUCGGACGUUGCAGGUUCUGCUCCCCGACCUUGCCGCCAAAGCCAGCCCAGCAGCGUCUGCCCUCAUUCGAACUUUAGGAAACCAGUUAAAUGUCAAUCGCAGAGAGAUUUUAAUCAAUAACUUCAAAUAUAUCUUUUCUCACUUGGUUUGUUCCUGUUCCAAAGAUGAAUUAGAACGUGCCCUUCAUUAUCUGAAGAAUGAAACGGAAAUUGAGCUGGGAAGUCUGCUGAGACAGGAUUUCCAAGGCCUGCACAAUGAGUUACUGCUGCGCAUUGGAGAACAUUAUCAGCAGGUGUUCAACGGUCUGUCCAUCCUUGCCUCCUUUGCCUCCAGCGAUGACCCGUACCAGGGCCCACGAGGCACCAUGUCACCGGAACUCAUGGCUGAUUAUUUACAACCAAAGCUGCUAGGCAUUUUGGCGUUUUUUAAUAUGCAGUUACUGAGCUCUAGUGUUGGCAUUGAAGAUAAGAAAAUGGCCCUGAGCAGUUUGAUGUCUCUGAUGAAGUUGAUGGGACCCAAACAUGUCAGUUCUGUAAGGGUGAAAAUGAUGACCACACUGAGAACUGGCCUUCGAUUCAAGGACAAUUUUCCUGAACUGUGUUGCAGAGCGUGGGACUGCUUUGUUCGGUGCCUAGACCACGCCUACCUGGGCUCCCUUCUCAGUCAUGUGAUAGUAGCUCUGUUACCUCUCAUCCACAUCCAGCCUAAGGAAACUGCAGCUAUCUUUCACUAUCUUAUCAUUGACAACAGGGAUGCUGUGCAAGAUUUUCUUCAUGAAAUAUACUUUUUACCUGAUCAUCCUGAAUUACAGAAGAUAAAAGCAGUUCUCCAGGAAUACAGAAAGGAGACCUCUGAGAGUACUGAUCUUCAAACAUCACUCCAGCUGUCCAUGAAAGCAGUUCAACACGAAAAUGUAGAUGUUCGCAUUCACGCUCUUACAAGCUUGAAAGAAACCUUGUAUAAGAAUCAGGAAAAACUGAUCAAAUAUGCGACUAAUAGUGAAACAGUCGAGCCUGUUAUCUCCCAGCUGGUGACUGUGCUUUUGAAAGGUUGUCAGGAUGCAAACUCUCAAGCUCGCUUGCUCUGUGGUGAAUGUCUAGGGGAAUUGGGGGCAAUAGAUCCAGGUCGAUUAGAUUUUUCAACAACUGAAACCCAAGGAAAAGAUUUUACAUUUGUGACUGGAGUAGAAGAUUUAAACUUUGCCUAUGGAUUAUUGAUGGAACUGACAAGAGCUUACCUUGCAUAUGCAGAUAACAGCCGAGUUCAAGAUUCAGCAGCUUAUGCUAUUCAGGAACUACUUUCUAUUUAUGACUGCAGAGAGAUGCAGAACCACAGCCGAGGCAACCAAUUAUGGAAGAUGUUUCCUGAGCAUGUUCGGGAAAUACUAGAACCUCAUCUCAAUACCCGGUAUAAGAGUUCUCAGAAGUCAACAGAUUGGUCUGAAGUAAAGAAGCCAAUUUACUUAAGUAAAUUAGGUAAUAACUUUGCAGACUGGUCGGCGUCUUGGGCAGGUUAUCUUAUCACAAAGGUUCGGCAUGAACUUGCCAGUAAAAUCUUCACGUGCUGUAGCAUAAUGAUGAAGCACGACUUCAAAGUGACCAUCUACCUUCUGCCUCACAUCCUCGUGUAUGUCCUAUUGGGCUGUGAUCAAGAAGACCAACAAGAGGUCUAUGCAGAAAUCAUGGCAGUUUUGAAGCAUGAUGAUCAGCAGAGUGCCAGUGCCCAAGACCAUGCAUCCGACCUAUGUCAGCUGAGCAUACAGACCGUGUUCUCCAUGCUGGACCACCUCGCCCAGUGGGCCAGGCACAGGUUUCAGGAAAUGAACGCUGAGGAUGCUCCACAGAGCAAAUCGAGCAAAGAGAAGGCCAAACCAGUGGUAUCAAGCCCACAAGAGGGUGGCUAUCAGAGCGUGACUCGUUUUCUGGACCUCAUUCCUCAGGAUACUCUGGCAGUAGCUUCCUUUCGCUCCAAAGCAUACACACGAGCUGUAAUGCACUUUGAAUCAUUCAUUACAGAAAAAAAGCAAAAUAUUCGGGAGCAUCUUGGAUUUUUACAGAAAUUGUACGCUGCUAUGCAUGAAGCAGAUGGAGUGGCCGGCGUGAGUGCGAUUCGAAAGGCAGAGCCAUCUUUGAAAGAACAGAUCCUUGAACAUGAAAGCACCGGCUUGCUGAGGGAUGCCACGGCUUGCUAUGACCGAGCUAUUCAGCUAGAACCAGAUCAGAUCAUUCACUACCAUGGGGUGGUGAAGUCCAUGCUGGGUCUUGGUCAGCUUUCUUCUGUAAUCACUCAAGUAAAUGGAGUACACGCCAGCAGGUCUGAAUGGAUUGAGGAAUUAAACACGUACAGGGUGGAAGCAGCGUGGAAGCUGUCACAGUGGGACUUGGUGGAGAACUAUCUUGCGGCAGAUAGAAAGUCUACAACAUGGAGUGUCAGACUAGGGCAGCUACUACUAUCAGCCAAGAAAAAUGAUGCCACAGCUUUUUAUGACACAUUGAAACUGGUGAGGGCAGAGCAGAUUGUGCCACUGUCGGCUGCAAGCUUUGAAAGCGGCUCCUACCAGCGAGGAUAUGAGUACAUUGUGAGGUUGCACAUGUUGUGUGAGUUAGAGCAUGGCGUCAGACCUCUGUUUCACCAGUUUCCAGGUGACGGGUGUCACGAGGACUCUCUCAACUGGGUGGCUCGUCUAGAGAUGACCCAGAAUUCCUACAGAGCCAAGGAGCCCAUCCUGGCCCUCCGGAGGGCUUUGCUGAGUCUCAACAAAAGACCAGAUUACAAUGAGAUGAUUGGAGAAUGCUGGCUACAGAGUGCCAGAGUGGCUCGAAAGGCUGGUCACCACCAGACAGCCUACAACGCUCUCCUCAAUGCCGGGGAGUCCAGACUCGCUGAACUCUACAUGGAAAAGGCUAAGUGGCUCUGGUCCAAGGGUGAUGUUCAUCAGGCACUUAUUGUUCUUCAAAAAGGUGUUGAUUUAUGUUUUCCUGAAGAUAAAUCCCAAACCGAGAGUAAGGACAUGUUGAUUCUUGGUCGAGCUACCCUACUUGUGGGCCGAUUUAUGGAAGAAACAGCUAACUUUGAGAGCAAUGCAGUUAUGAAAAAAUACAAGGAUGUGACCUUGUUCCUCCCAGAGUGGGAAGUUGGGCAUUUCUACCUUGCCAAGUACUACGACAAACUGAUGCCCAUGGUAACAGACAACAAAAUGGAGAAGCAAGGCGACCUCAUCCGUUACAUAGUCAUUCACUUUGGAAAAUCUUUACAGUAUGGAAAUCAAUUCAUUUAUCAGUCAAUGCCCCGAAUGUUAUCACUAUGGCUUGAUUUUGGUGCUAAAGCAUACGAGUAUGAAAAAGGUGGCCGAGCUGAUCGCAUACAAAUGAAAAAUGACUUGACUAAAAUGAAUAAGGUUAUCACAGAACACAAGAAUCAGCUACCUCCCUAUCAAUUUUUGACUGCGUUUUCACAAUUGAUCUCUCGAAUCUGUCAUUCUUCAAAUGAAGUCUUUGUUGUCUUGAUGGAAAUAAUAGCCAAAGUUUUCUUGUCCUAUCCUCAGCAAGCAAUGUGGCUGAUAACAGCUGUGUCAAAGUCUUCUUAUCCCAUGCGUGUGAACAGAUGCAAGGAAAUUUUAAACAAAGCUAUCAAUAUGAAAAAGUCAUUAGAAAAGUUUGUUGGAGAUUCAACUCGCCUGACAGACAAGCUUCUGGAAUUGUGCAACAGACCGUUUGAUAUGAGUGUUUCCACAUUUAGCAUGAAUACUCACUUUAAAAUGCUGAAGAAGUUGGUGGAAGAUAUGACAUUCAGUGAGAUCCUCAUUCCUUUGCAGUCAGUCAUGAUACCUACACUUCCUUCCAUUCUGGGUGCCCAUGCCAACCAUGAUGCAUUUCCCGGGCAUUGGGUCUAUAUCACAGGCUUCGAUGAUACGGUGGAAAUUCUUCCUUCUCUUCAGAAACCAAAGAAAAUCUCUAUAAAAGGUUCAGAUGGAAAGUUGUACAUCAUGAUGUGCAAGCCAAAAGAUGACCUGAGAAAGGACUGUAGACUAAUGGAAUUCAACUCUUUGAUUAACAAGAGCUUAAGAAAAGAUGCAGAGUCUCGCCGAAGAGAACUUCAUAUCCGAACCUAUGCGGUUAUUCCACUGAAUGACGAGAGUGGCAUUAUUGAAUGGGUGAACAACACUGCCGGCUUGAGGCCUAUUCUGACCAAACUCUAUAAGGAAAAGGGUGUGUAUAUGACCGGAAAGGAACUUCGCCAGUGUAUGCUACCCAAGUCAGCAUCAUUGUGUGAGAAACUGAAAAUAUACCAAGAAUUUCUCCUGCCCAAGCACUUUCCUAUUUUUCAUGAGUGGUUUCUGAGAACAUUUCCAGAUCCUACAUCAUGGUAUAGUAGCAGAUCCGCAUACUGCCGUUCAACCGCUGUGAUGUCUAUUGUUGGUUAUCUCCUGGGGCUUGGAGACAGGCAUGGUGAAAACAUUCUUUUUGAUUCUUUGACUGGGGAAUGUGUACAUGUGGAUUUCAACUGUCUUUUUAAUAAGGGAGAAACCUUUGAAUUUCCAGAGACUGUACCAUUUCGCCUCACUCAUAAUAUGGUUUAUGCAAUGGGUCCUAUGGGCACAGAGGGUCUUUUUCGAAGAGCCUGUGAAGUUACACUGCGGCUGAUACGAGAUCAGAGGGAGCCUUUAAUGAGUGUCUUAAAGACUUUUAUACAUGACCCUCUAGUGGAGUGGAGUAAACCACCAAAGGGACUUUCGAAAGGAUCCUUGAAUGAGACCGGGGAAGUGGUCAAUGAAAAGGCCAAGACCCAUGUUCUUGACAUUGAGCAGCGACUACAAGGUAUCAUCAAGAACCGAAACAGAGUGACAGGCCUGCCUCUGUCUAUCGAAGGACAUGUGCAUUACCUCAUUCAAGAAGCUACUGAUAAAAAUUUACUCUGCCAAAUGUACCUUGGUUGGACCCCAUAUAUGUGAAAUGAAAUUCUUUCAAAGAAUAUUUUAAUAAUCUAAAAUUAAAUGCACCAAUAAGUUAUAUCUAUUCAGUUCUAAAGCACAACAUAGGUUUUUGUUCUCAGAAGAAUUGGUUUUAUUUGUCUGCUUACUAUAUUUAUAAUGAUGGUGUGUGUUCAGUCAUUAAAACUUUUUUCUUA